AUGACAGUAACAGGAACCGACGGCAGUUUAGGAAACCAGAACGACCACGGUCAUAACGACAGCUGUCCACAGAGAUCCGAUAUGGAGGAGGGUGUUAGAUAUCACACUAAAAGAAAGUACAGGCGUAAGUUCUCUGUUGCUUUUCUUAUUCCCGAGGACGUGGGCUUCCUUAGGACAGACGAAUCCCCGACAAGGGAGGUGUCGACCAAUAUGUUCUUUUCGACGGACAAAUAUCCCUCCUUGACCACACUGUGUGAUGAACUUGACUCAUGCGACCUGUCUGAUCUACAAUUAAGUGGACAACAAGAAUCAAACAGUAUUCACAUUAACAAUUCAAGUUAUGCACAGGGUGUAGCCUGUAAUAGUGAAGAAUUGUUUGUAAAAGACAAGGAUGGCGAUACGGCUUUGCAUCUUGCAAUCAUUUUGGAUAACCUUGUGUUGGUUAGUAAAAUAAUUCAAAUGGCCCCAACGUAUACGUAUCUUUCAAUGCGAAACAAACUCUUCCAAACGCCUCUUCAUUUGGAGGUCAUUAUGAACCAGAAGCACAUCGUACGUAAGCUUGUGUGCGCAGGGGAAGACGUAACGGCAGUCGACAGGAACGGAAAUACGCCGCUUCAUAUAGCUUGUCGUGAUGGAUUGUACGAAAUAGCUCGUUAUUUGUUAGAGCCAGUACGAUACAGCGAAAUCCAAUGCAAUCCUUACGAUAUACCUUAUCAGAAAAUUCCGCAGGAUUUUGAUAUCGCAAACUAUGACGGUUUGACCUGUCUUCAUCUUGCGGUCAUUAAUAGGCACAUGGACAUAUUGCAACUCCUCAUCGAACGCGACGUAGACUUGAACAUGAUCGAGCGAAAAGCGGGUAGAACUGUUCUUCACAUGGCGUGUAUUAGCGGUGACGUCAAACUGGUGCGGACGUUAAUGAGUGUUCGGGCAUGCAAUAUGGACGCUCGGACGCACAGCGGGUACACGCCCUUGGACCUGGCCCUUUGCUAUAACCAGGACGGGGUAUACACGAUCCUUGCGGCUGCAGGCGCGAAACCGGGUGCCGAAUCGAUGGACAGUGACUCGGACUAG